UGAUUAAAUUGGCUGCGAUUUCCUCUUCUCCCCUCCAUUGAUUUUUUUAGUAUAUUUUUUUUUUCCUGUUUCUAACUUAUAGAUUUGUGAUUGUCUUGCUAAGCUAAAAAAUAAAUUGAGAACUGUGGUAGCUCUGGCUGCUGUAACAGAAUAUCAUAGACUUGGGUGGCUUUAAACAGAAGUUUUUAGUUUUGAAGGCUGGGAAGGCCCAAGAUCAAGGUGCUGGCAGAUUCAGUUCUUGGUGAAGAACCUCUGGCUUUUAGAUGGCUGUCUUCUCACUGUAUCCUCCUAUAGUGGAGAUACUCUGGUAUCUCUUCCUCUUGCAAGGGCAUUAAACCCUUCAUGGGAGCCCCACCCUCAUGACCUCACCUAAACUUAAUUGCCAAAGACCCCACAUCCUGAUACCAUCAUAAUGGGGCUUAUUGCUUCAACUUGUUUAUUUUGGAGAGGGUACAGAGAUUCAGUCCCUAACAAUAUCUGUGAUCCAAUCCCUGCAGGUUUAUUUGGAAAAAGAGUUUUUUCAGAUUUUAGUUAACCUAGGAUUCUUGGAAUUUCAAGAUCAUUGUAGGUUGUUUGGAUGAGACCUAAUCCAUUGACAAGUGUCCUUACAAGAGAUACAUAGAAGACAACAGACACAGAGUGGAGAGAUCUGAACGUAGAACCAGAGAUUUGGAUUAUGAAGCCACAAGGACACAAUUCAAGAGACAAGGAUGGCAGCAAGGUAACUACAGUGGUGGCAACUCCUGGGCAGGGUCCAGACAGGCCACAAGAAGUCAGUUAUACAGACACUAAAGUGAUUGGAAAUGGGUCAUUUGGUGUAGUAUAUCAAGCAAAACUUUGUGAUUCAGGAGAAUUGGUUGCCAUCAAGAAAGUAUUACAGGACAAGAGAUUUAAGAACCGAGAGCUCCAGAUUAUGAGAAAGCUAGAUCAUUGUAACAUAGUCCGUUUGCGUUAUUUCUUCUACUCGAGUGGUGAGAAGAAAGAUGAGGUCUAUCUUAAUCUGGUGCUGGACUAUGUUCCGGAAACAGUAUACAGAGUUGCCAGACACUAUAGUCGAGCCAAACAGACACUCCCUGUCAUCUAUGUCAAGUUGUAUAUGUAUCAGCUGUUUCGAAGUUUAGCCUAUAUCCAUUCCUUUGGAAUCUGCCAUCGGGAUAUUAAACCACAGAACCUCUUGUUGGAUCCUGAUACAGCUGUUUUAAAACUCUGUGACUUUGGAAGUGCAAAGCAGCUGGUCCGAGGAGAACCCAAUGUUUCGUAUAUCUGUUCUCGGUACUAUAGGGCACCAGAGUUGAUCUUUGGAGCCACUGAUUAUACCUCCAGUAUAGAUGUAUGGUCUGCAGGCUGUGUAUUGGCUGAGCUGUUGCUAGGACAGCCAAUAUUUCCAGGAGACAGUGGUGUGGAUCAGUUGGUGGAAAUAAUCAAGGUCCUGGGAACACCAACAAGGGAGCAAAUUAGAGAAAUGAACCCAAAUUACACAGAAUUCAAAUUUCCUCAAAUUAAGGCACAUCCUUGGACUAAGGAUUCGUCAGGAACAGGACGUUUCACCUCAGGAGUGCGGGUCUUCCGACCCCGAACUCCACCAGAGGCAAUUGCACUGUGUAGCCGUCUGCUGGAGUACACACCAACUGCCCGACUGACACCACUGGAAGCUUGUGCACAUUCAUUUUUUGAUGAAUUACGGGACCCAAAUGUCAAACUACCAAAUGGGCGAGACACACCUGCACUCUUCAACUUCACCACUCAAGAACUGUCAAGUAAUCCACCUUUGGCUACCAUCCUUAUUCCUCCUCAUGCUAGGAUUCAAGCAGCUGCUUCAACCCCUACAAAUGCCACAGCAGCCUCAGAUGCUAAUGCUGGAGACCGUGGACAGACCAAUAAUGCCGCUUCUGCAUCAGCUUCCAACUCCACCUGAACAGUCGCAAGCAGCCAGCUGCACAGGAAGAACCACCAGUUACUUGAGUGUCACUCAGCAACACUGGUCACGUUUGGAAAGAAAAUUAAAAAGAGAAAAAAACCUGUUCAUUUUAGUGUUCGAUUUUUUUUUUAUUAUUGUUGUUGUUCUUAUUUAACCUUGUAAAAUAUCUAUAAAUACAACAGUUUCAUUGUAUUCUCACUUUGAGGGAGAUCCAGGGGGUGGGAGGGGUUGUGGGGAGGGGAAAGCGGAGCACUAGAACACAAUCUCUCUCCCACGACAAUCUUUUUUUCUUUUUUUUAAUCAAAAGUCUGCUGUUGUAUACUUUAAAAACAGGACUCCUGCCUCAUGCCCCUUCCACAAAAAGAAGAAAACCUUGUUCUGUGCUGAAAGUUUUCUUUUAAAGUCUAGCGUAAGACAUUGGUAUAGUACACAGCUUGAAAUUGGUUGGGAGCUUAGCAGGUAUAAAUCAAUGGGGACUUAAAUGUCACUUGUAAAAUUAAUCCAUAUCCUCGGGUAUUUGAAAACUUGGCCUUUGGCAUGUUGGUGGCAGGUGUGGCAGACAAAAAAGGAAAUGUGUAUCAUUUAUAUCCGAGGGAAGUCAAUAAAAUUUGAAACUCCAAGGGGAAGAUUCUUGACUGAUUGACCUAGGUUUUGUGUUGUUCUUAAUCAGUGCUAGUGGUGGAAAGCCGGUGUAGGAGGAGCAGCAAGCAGAUGUCUGAUGUGCCUGCUCAGCUGCUGGAUCUUUGUUUGCCUGACCAAAGCUUCUCUCCAAAUCUUGGUAGUUUUAAACUAGUGAUCUAGGAGGAGAGUGAGAAAGGUGUUGAGUAGGCCGCUGAGGCUGCAGAGGUCAAAGACUGUUAAGCCUAGAGAAAGGAGACCAGGGGCAGAUCUCACCACUGUGAAUGGAUUUGGACUGUUUUUCUGAAGUUGCUUCCCUUGGAAAGAUACACUUGAGAGGACAUUAGAGUUAAAUAAUGUGAACUGCAACAAUCUACUGGUUUAUUUUUCAUAUUUUGUAAUUGAAAAUUGAGCUUGCAGAAAUUGCCACAUUCUACAUACAUAGCUCUAAUUUUAAAUCCAAAUCUAGAAUCCGUAUUUAAUUUUCAGCUUUUUUUAACCUCAUGCUUUUUAAAUUUAUUUAUUGAUGCAUGUCAGAUAGGCCAUUAUGAUUUUAGAUGAUAGGGGUAUUAAAAACUACACAAUGAUAAGCAGUCACCUGUACCUGCUGACUUUAUAUGAAAGCUGAUUAUAUAAAUGUGUGUAUAUAUGUUAUAUAUACAUAUAUUGAAUACUGCCUCUUUUUUUUUUUUUUUUUUUUUGUCUACAGUAUCAAAACUGACUGGUUGAAGCAUGAGAAGAAUGUUUCUCCCCCACACUCAGUUAAGAGUUUUUGUUUGUUUUCUUUGUGUAUCAGUUAAUAAUGUAAGAAUCAGUCUCUGUUUUUGAAGAAAAAGCAAUAUUCCUUGGAAAGCAAGGAGGAUUGAAGGGUUAUGUUUGCAGUGAGGAAAUAGAUUUUCACAACUAGUUUGUUUUAUACUUUUAAGGUUGACAUCUAUGUGGGCCUUAUAUACUCUAAAAUGAACCUUAGUCACCUUGGUGCUUAUGGGCCAUUACUUGACCUAUGAAUCUUUAAGGCACAAUCAGUUGUAUUUUACAUUUAAAGAUCACUUGAGUAAUGGCCGCCUUUCCCUCCUACCUGCUUCUCCCCCACACACUUUCCAAGGGUAGCCAAUAAGGGCUGCAGAGCCCAGCCCUAGGUUUUGUGUAACUUCCCUUCACCCUCCUCAUUGCCACCUUUGGUUGUGUUAGGGGUCUCACCCUCCAGGUGGUUUGGAAGUGGAGUCUCUUGGCAGCCCUCAUGCGGGCCCUCACACCCUGUCCUGCUUCUGAACCGUGUGUGUGACUCUCCAGCAGAGUCAUACUGCCUGCUGACAUGAACCAGUACCCAGGACGAUGAGUGCGAGCCGUCUUAGUUUUCACUCACUGUUUAGCUAAGCUGUUAGGCCAGAAAAGAGGUUUCUUAAACUUCUGAUUAUAUCGGAGUUCAUGAGAAAGGAAAACACACUCAGUCAAUCCAAAUGAAACAAAUCGAAUUUUCCUUCUUAGUGCUUCUGCGAGCUAAUUAAGAUUUGAAAUAAGCCUGAAUUCAGAACAUUCAACAGCAGAAUUCCUUAAAGGAGAUGUCUUUGAUAGAUCAUUUCCAAAAAGAAUCUAUAAAAAAUCUGAACAGGCAGGACUGUGACAGAAAAGGAUCUGUUUUCAGACCAAACUGCCCAGCCAAAAAUAUUUGGAUACAGACACUACUCUGGACUUUGGUGUACCUGCUAGAGUCCAUAAAAAUUAGUGCUUGUUUUAGGAAACACUCCCCACCCCUACCCCCCACGCCCAAGAAAUGGGAUGAGUUGAAGAGAGAGAAGUCAGAUGCUUUUCUCUGUGUGAGUGCAUGUGUGUGUGCGCAUGUGAGGGCUGAGGUGCGUGAUUUUUCUUUCUCAAGGAUCAUGGCAGGAUCAUAGAACUCUUUUACACAAGUGAGAACCAGGUCUCUGAAUAUCUUUUUGUAAAUAAUAAUAAUAAAAAGCUCCUCACCAAAUUCAAGCUUGUACAUUAUAUUUUCUUUCAAUGUUUUUAAAUUUUAAGUUUUAUUGUUUUGUAUGUAAAUAUGUGGACCCAGGAACUGUUAUUAAUGAGCAAAAAGUUACUGUUCAGGGCAGUGAUUCUGUUUAAUAAUCAGACAAAAUGUAGACGAGCUUUUUAAAGCCAUAUAGUUUUAACUCUGUACAGUAGGUACUGGCCUGUAUUAUUGUAACAAUAACUCUAGCAAUGUAUAGUGUAUCUAUAUAGUUUGGAGUGCCUUCGCUUCCGUGUGUUUUUUUGUUUCUGUUUUUCAUUUUUAAAAUUUUAAUUAAUUUUCUUUAUUCAUGUCUCCCUGCCCAUCCAUUUCCCUUUGAAAAAUAAUAACUCAUUCAUAACAAUAUCUUUGCCCCUUCCACGGUUAAGUUUCAAGUGAGAUACCAAGCUCAGGAGUAGGAAGAGGAAAUCGUGUUUGUGAUCCCAUUUAAACCCUGCAUUUGUUUUGGUUCUGAAAUGUCUGUUUCCUCCUUAGCAGUGACCGGUUUCAUUUCAUACUUAGUCCAUUCAGGGACUCAGUGUAGUGCAGGGAGCCCUAGAGCUGGAGGAUAUCCAGUGGAUUGGAUUUUGCUCAUCUCUUCCACAAACCCUAAUCAUGGGUCUUACGGGCAGAUUCUAAGAGCCCCCUAUGCUCUCUCUCUUCUCUUUAUCUACUUCCCUCCCUAAUGAGAGAGCAAGAAAAUUUGUUUUAAAAAAUGAAGGUUUCUUACAUAGUAUCGAAUUUUGCUCCAUCAGUGGUCUAAAGUGCUACAGUGCGAUGGCUAGUAGUGACUGCUGGCAGUGCUGCCACGGUGAUAGAGGACUGUUGUUUCAACAGGGAACUGCUAGCCCAUUCCCUCUCUCUGAGCAUCUCUACCCCUGUCCAAUGAGAUGUCAUUUUAAUUUCUUUUUUAAAAAUCAGUUUAAUUCCUACUGUUUGCCCAACAUGAAGGCCUUUUUGGGGAAAAAAAGUAUUUGUUUUACCUCCCAAAUACUCCAUAUGUCUUGAAUAGAAGAAAAAAAAGAACUUUACCAAACCAAAGGUUGCUAUUUUUGAAACACCAUGUGUUCAUUCCAGCAAGGCAGAAGACUGCACCUUCUUUCCAGUGAUAUGUUGUGUCAUUUCUGAAAGUCCUCUUAAUUUUUAGACACAGAUUUUUGAUUUGUAUCUUAACAGAGAAUGCCUAGCCAGUCACCUUGUCUUUACCAGUGCAAAGGUUUCUAAGAGGUCUGUUAUAUUCUCUAUCCCUGUGGAUAUAAAGACACUGGCAUUUCCCUUAUUUUCCCCCUCUUUCCUUUUUAAAGGAUAUAACUUUGGAAUCUUCCAAAGGAAGUUUGGCCAACGCCAGAUCCCCAGAAGUUUGGGGGUUUUUUUCUUUGUUUUAACCAAAAUUGUAUCUUAGUUCCUAUCAUUCAUGUUGUGAUCAUCUAAUCACAGAGCUGAAUACUCUUUUCCCCGAAUAGAAAAGUGAAGCUUGCUUUUUUGACAGAAUCUGUCUUCUCUGGUAGAUACCUGAGCCACUGAAAAUAAGAGACAACUAGAAGCACAGUAGAGUCCCAGACUGAGGUCUACCUUUGAAAGUAAUCCCUGGGGUCUGGAUUAUUCUCACAAGGGUUAUGCCAUUUUAUUCAAGUUUGUUGCUCCGUUUUGCACUUCCACAAUAAAAGCAAAAUGACAACCAGAACAUAAGGGGUUAGCUUGACAAAGUAGACUUCCUUGUGUUAAUUUUUAAGUUUUUUUUUCUUAUAUCUGUCUACAGGCAGAUACAGAUAGAUAUAUGAAAAUGUGCUUGCCUGUAAAAUUUGCAUUUAUAAAUGUGUUGCCGAUGGAUCACUUGGGCCUGUACACAUACCAAUUAGCGUGACCACUUCCAUCUUAACAAAUUAAAAAAACAAAAUUUAUUAUAUAUAUAUAUAUAUAUAUAAAGGACUGUGGGUUGUAUACAAACUAUUGCAAACACUUGUGCAAAUCUGUCUUGAUAUAAAGGAAAAGCAAAACCUGUAUAACAUUAUUACUACUUGAAUGCCUCUGUGACUGAAUUUUUUUUUCAUUUUAAAUAUAAACUUUUUUGUGAAAAGUAUGCUCAAUGUUUAUUUUCCCCUUCCCCAUUCCCUUGUAAAUACAUUUUGUUCUAUGUGACUUGGUUUGGAAAUAGUUAACUGGUACUGUAAUUUGCAUUAAAUAAAAAGUAGGUUAGCCUGGAAAUGAAAUUAAAAUUCACAAGUGUGUGGUCUUUAUUUCAGUACGCAACCCUCUUUCUUCACUCUACCUAUUUUACCACUGCAAUAUGUAAUCACGUCACCAUCUCUGUUCCUCUAAUUAGGGAAACAUGAAUCUUUGUUACAAAAAUCAAGAUAGGAACACCACUUCUAGUUCUUUCAGAUGAUCUUACUCCAUUGUAUAGCCACAAGAGGUGCAGCUUCCAUCUCGGAAACCUUUGGAUUUGAUGUAGAGGAAGCUUUACAGACACUGCUUUGGAAAGAAAGAAAACAUCCCUGAAACGGACAAUUGUAAAAACGUGUAUAAGCUGCUGUCUUUGAUUACUGUGUUCAUGGUUCUGUGUCGCUGUAUUUUCUUUUAACUUUCAUCCUAUUAGCAAUGGUCUUUGGGGGUCUCUGUAAACUAUAUGAACACCACAAACAGUGGGACUGUACCUCCCAGGUAACCAACACAUGUUGUGUUUUGAGUCUGCUCAUUUCCAGUACUGGAUGAUGUAUGUAAACAUGUUAUGUCUCUUAGUGCAAAAAGAAACAUCAUUUUUUUAGGGCUGGUUCACUCUGUCCAGCCUAUCUAAAGGCUAGAUAUAAGGUCAUGUGACUGCUGCUUCAAUAAAAACAAAUUUAUAUUCGAUAAA